UCAUUUUAUUAUCGUGUUUUCAUCAUCCUCAAAAUGACCACUAAUGGAGUGAAGGUUAACGGGCAUGGAAACACCCAGAAUAUAGAAUAUUUCGGAGAUAAUGGUCAACAUAAGACUGAAGAUGACAAUAGGAGCACUUAUGAAUCGCUGGUUCAAACAGCCGAUUUCCUCAAGAGGCUGGUACCUUUCAAACCCGAAAUCGGAAUCAUCUGUGGAUCUGGCAUGGGAUCCCUGGCAGACGCCCUGCGAGACAAAAUCGAAGUGCCCUACGAGCGCAUCCCCCACUUCCCGAGGAGUACCGUCAAGGGACACGCUGGCGCUCUGGUCUUCGGCUACCUUGCAGACGUUCCAGUCGUGUGCAUGAAGGGCAGGUUUCACUACUACGAGGGUUAUCCGUUGUGGAAGUGCUCUUUG